UCAGGCGAGCGGGGCGGGGCGCAGGACUUAGGGAGGUGUGCUGUCAAGAAACGAGCCAGUUCAGGGCUAGGCUGCUAGUGGCGCGCGGGAGGACGAGGGACGGCGCGAGCCUCCAGCACACUUUUCCCCAACGGGCUUUUCACUUGCUCCUCGGAGGCGCGAGACAUGGAACCCCACCGCUGGCUGCCGCUGGAGGCGAACCCUGACGUCACGAACCAGUUUCUGAAACAGCUGGGGAUACAGCCCAGCUGGCAAUUUGUAGAUGUGUAUGGUAUGGAUCCAGAAUUACUUAGCAUGGUGCCAAGACCUGUCUGUGCUAUUCUUCUUCUUUUUCCAGUUACAGAAAAGUAUGAAACUUUUCGAACAGAAGAGGAAAAUAAAAUAAAAGCUGAAGGACAAGAAGUGAAACCAACAGUGUAUUUCAUGAAGCAAACAAUCAGUAAUGCCUGUGGAACUAUUGGACUGAUUCAUGCUAUUGCAAACAAUAGAGAUAAAAUUACCUUUGAAGCGGACUCUUCUUUGAAGAAGUUCUUAGAUGAUUCGGUACACAUGAAUCCUGAAGAGAGGGCCAAAUUCCUAGAAACCUAUGAAGCUAUACGUGUUACUCAUGAAUCCAGUGCCCAUGAAGGUCAGACUGAGUCUUCAUCAUCCCUGCUGCCCUCGCCAUCCUCACCACAGCUUCAGUACUUUAGCCACUGCAAAAUGAAGGCUUCAUCUUUGCGUCGCUCUGCAUCCUUGACACUGGUCAGAUGUGAUAAUGUAGCCCCUGUAAAGGCUACAAGCCCACCUGUCUGCCUUCAGCGCUGGAGGCCCACAAUACCUUUAUCAGCUAUUGGGCUCCACUGUGUUGCACCAAGUAUAGAUGAGAAAGUAGAUCUGCACUUCAUUGCAUUAGUUAAUGUUGGUGGCAUUCUCUAUGAACUAGAUGGACGGAAGCCUUUCCCAAUUAACCAUGGGCAAUCAAGUGAUGACACCUUUUUAGAGGAUGCAAUAGAAGUGUGUAAGAAAUUUAUGGAACGUGAUCCAGAUGAAUUACGGUUCAAUGCAAUUGCUUUAUCGACAGCUUAAAUUAUUAUUUCAUGGUUGGAGGAAACUUGUUUUGAUAUAUUACAAUGCAUCUUGCCAUAAAUCAGUGAUCAAAUUUUGAUACCUCUCUGCUAACGUAUGAAUACGUAUUAAACUUCAAGUUUGUCCUGUA